AUGACCAGUACUCAGUGUAAUCCCGUGGCAGACUUGUUGGUGAGCCGGGAACACUUUGAGCGCGUCCUGACCCAGGCCAGAGAGGACAAGCAUGACAAGCAGCAGGCCUCGGAGGGGGUGCUCAGUUACAGCACCCAACAACGGCUGGAGGAAAUCAGCUUCAUGGGCCUGGAGGCCAACAGAGGGGCCAGCAAUAGAACCUCUGUCAACAGAUCCAGGCCAAACUCCAGCUCCCAGAAACGUGGGGGAUCCAAGGGUGGAAAGGCAUCACAGGAGUUGUGGGGAGAGCAAGAGGGGGGCCUGAGUCGAGUAGACGAGGGCCCCACGAGUGAAACAAACCUCUCUCUUGACGCUAUCGACGAGUACGCAUAUCCAGAUUACAGGGGGAAGGGCUGCAUUGAUGAGAGUGGCUUUGUGUUUGCCAUCGGGGAGAAAUUUACUCCGGGGUCCUCCACGUGCCCUUGCCUCUGCACGGACGAGGGACCCCUGUGUGCCAAGCCUGAAUGUCCCAAAGUUCACCCUCGCUGCAUCCGGGUGGACACCAGCCAGUGCUGUCCAGAGUGCAAGGAGAAGAAGAACUACUGUGAGUUCAGGGGAAAGGUCUACACAACGCUACAAGAGUUUAAGGUGAGUCAGGAAAUUAGGUCUUUAAAGAUUUACAGGGUAGUAUUCUCUAGGAACCAAACGAAAGCAAACGAGCCAAAACGGGAAGGGAUUACCUGAACGUGUCCAAUAAGAAAUGCUUGUGUUUGUUAUCCGUUGCAAAACGUUUGGCUACAUGAAUACAACCCAUGUGAUGUUGACACACCAAUCCAUAGGCAGCUUUUUUUCAUGGUGCUGUUUAUUUUCAGUGUGUUAAAUAGGGUUUCUUUGACAGUCUGUGCUUCACGAGAUCAACCUCUGAAUUGAAAAGAAACUCCAGCACACUGGUGAUCUACAUGCGCCACAGAUUGAAUGUAUCUUGUUACCAACGUUUCGGUCUCAGUAGACCUUCAUCAGGGAAACUGUUGAUAGCCUGCCAGUUGUAUACUGGGUUCAUCGUGAGCACUAUACCAAGACAAAUAUACUUUUCAAUGCAGCAAGUAAACAAGCAGCCAAGCACAUUUAAAAUGGCAAAAAUCAGCAUUUAUUUUAUUCACACAAAGCUUGAAUAUUACUUGGGGCUGCUGAAUUGAAUAGUACUGUUUAAGCUUUUUUUCUUCAUAUUCUUAUCUUGAUACACUUGCUAGUCUUUGUGGAGUUAUCUAUUUUAAGCCAAGCUCAGGGGACCUCAAAAGGCCUUAUCUCUUGAUUUCUCGUAGAAGCUCCUUCCACAACUAUACCAUCAGCUUUCUAUUCUAUAUUUGAUCAAAAAUGUAUUAUAUGUGGCUGUUUAAUGCGUCCCUUUGUGCUAGCACUGGAGGGUCACACCAGGAGGUUAGGUCUAAUAUGGGAUUUAUUUCUGCUAACGCGGAGUGAUACAAGCAGCUCUGUAUUGAGAGGCACAGCUUGUUGCUCUGCUGGGAGAAGUCUGUGGAAAGAGAGAGACAGACAGAGAGAGAGAAGAGAAAGAGAGAGAGAGACCGACUUCCACUAAAGUAAAUGGCACUAUCCUCUGUGGAUGCCUGCCUUGGGGAUUAGAAGCAAAGCAACAGGCAGAGCCUUCUGGUUGAUUGCUGUGUUCUGCGGUAGUACAGUAAGUGGCGUCUCUCUCUCGACGGUUUUCACAGUGGAAUGCCAAGCCGAAGCUCGAGACGCUCUGCAAUCAACUUGAUCCAUGCUGUUAGGAUAAACCUAUGGUCUCUCAUUAAAAGGAAAGGCUCACAUGGUCACGAGUGGCUUCAGACUGAAACCUACAGCGGUAGCAUCUCCAGUCGAGGGGGGUGACUUGCUUGAAGGUGUAUUGUCGACACAAGCUGCAUCAGACAGUCUUUCGGACCUGUUUUUCUCCAAUACUUUCAGAAAUGGAAAGCUCCAUUAAACAAACAAACUGUUCUCUCUACAAACUGUUCUCUCUUGUUCACAAAGCAACAAAAUUGGAAGCUUCUAUCUUCUGUUCCCCACUGAGCACACAAUCAGCACAUUGAUUUCCCCAUUUUCGGUUGAUUGUGCAUGCACUGAAGUUCAUUUCUAGUCUCCUUCAAAUUAAGUAUUUAUUUCCAAUAAUGUUCUGUAAGAUAGGACCUUCCUGUGUUCUAAGCUUUGUGGCUGAAUGUUUGAUGUUCAAUGUCAUUAUGUUGGCUUGUGGCCGGGCAGGUGUAUGUGAGUGUGUGUGUGAGUGUGUGUGUGUGUGUGUGUGUGUGUGUGUGUGUGUGUGUGUGUGUGUGUGUGUGUGUGUGUGUGUGUGUGUGUGUGUGUGUGUGUGUGUGUGUGGUGUGCGUGUGCGCGUGUGCGAGUGAGUGCUUGCAUGAAAGAGAGAUUUUUUAAACAAAUAGUCUUUCUCUCUCUGCCCCCAGGUGUCUCCGUGUGAGAAGUGUCGCUGUGAGGGGAGUGGAGAGGUGUUGUGCUCUGUGUCAGCAUGCCCUCAGACAGAGUGUGUGGACCCAGAGUAUGAGCCCGAUCAGUGCUGCCCCAUCUGUAAGACCGGUGAGGGAUCAUGCUUGUCUCAAAACACUUACGGUACCCGUCAUACCGAACACACAGCAUGCACACGUGCAGCACUGAGCCAUUUCAUUUACCAUUUGGAUUUUAGUGUAUGUCUUUGAGAAAUCAUACGUGAUUGCCCAGAAAAAUCAUGCCUUAUCAUAGUUUGUUGCAGUGCUGUUCAUUGAUAUGAUAGUGUGUAAGUGAACAUGUCUCUUUAUUACCCAGCCCUAUUUGUUUCCAAUGUGAACAGAUGCUCCUGGUAAGUUGCCACUAUGUGCUGGUGUGAAUAAAAGGCGAAUCAGGGUUAGAGAAUCCUGGGUUAGUGUGUGAGAGCCCUCUGAUUUGAAAGCAUUACACUGUCUUAUAGGAGCACUUCUCUGGCUCACUGUGGAUUAUCUGAAGUUGUUUCAGAUGAUUUUAGACAGCAUGUCCUAGAUUGUGUCCCCUUGUUUUUCUUGGCGUGACUCUAAUGCAACUUGGCAAUGUCAGCAACGUUGCCUCCUUCAGCAGAAAUAAUGAUGACUGGUGAUAUGUAUCUCGGAUGUGGCCUCUUAAAGCGAUGCUGUACCACAAACAAGGGAAAUGCAAUCAACAUGAAAUUAAAUAUCUUCAUAUUUACCCUAUUGCUGCAAACACUCAAAGAUAAGUGGUACCAACAAAAAGUAACCAAAAAAAAAAUAUAUAUAUAUAUAUAUAUUUAUUGAUACACAUAAAUAACCAGUGUUGGUGUGGUAUUUCAAGUGAAGUUGACAAAGGUGACUAUGAACCUUGUCAACAUCACCUGACCUUUGUCAACUUCACUUGUGAAAUACCACCAUUUAAUAUUAGUACUGCAUUUUUUUCUUGAAAAUACAUUUCAUUGCUACUGCUAUUUUUCCAAUAGCUAUUAUUGCGUACAUGUGCAUCCUGUCUCUUCAGCAGUAGCACUCUCUCUCUGAAGUCAGUACAAGUUCAUUGGUGCCGAGAUUUGAACUACUCAGUGUUUGCCCCAAAGUCAGGAUUUGGUGGGUUCCAUUUUCGGAGUUAAGAAUCUGCAGAGAAGAGUCACAAGGACCUGCACUAGCAGAAAUACGGCAUACUGUAUGUAGUGUCCAUGUAUAUCAAAGAUCCAAACCAAUCUGUGCGCUCAUUCAGGCAAUAAGAGCUUUGUAGUGUUAUGGUUUUAAAAUUAAUCAAGGCCAGGUUCAGUCUCUCUAUUACCAUAAGAUGACCACAUUACAAUUUUUUCCUGUUUUAGAGUAGCACUGUAAAAAUGUCAAGUGGUACUUGACUGUACAUUUGACACAAAUUUUGUCAUGGCUCCAUUGAGAAGUACUUGGGUCAGUAGAUUGUUACAUGGGUCUCCUCCACAUGGGAUUGGGUGUCUUCAUUGUUUCAUUGUGUUCCAUAGGCUACAUUUACGCUGUCUUGUAACAAAAAUACAUGUUACUCAUUUUCUGGAGUCUGUAAAGGCCACUUAUAUCUGAAUCAAGCUGAGAAGUUAACCUUUUUCUCAUACGUCUCUGUUAAUGUUGCGCUUCCAGCUGCUUUAAGGGACUAUGCAAAAAAAACAUGGGUGCUUCCCAAUAAUGAUCUCCUUUCUCCUGAAGUGUACACUCAUUCACUACUUGCCACAGAGCUAAAAGCAUUGGAUUGGUGGAGGAAUUGGCUAGAGGGAGUUUCCACCCUAUUUCUUAUACCAAUUAUUUCCUUUCAAAUCAGUGGUCAAGUGAACAAGUGCACACCUUGGGAGGAGGGAGACAUAAUUGGGAGUGUUGAUGCAGGAAGUUGUGUUACUGGGCCAGUAGGCAGCAUCUUCAUUCUGAUCUCAAUGUCCCAGUGUUGCACCAUCAUGGACACUAAGCAGUUUUGGUUCUCAUGUAUUUGAUACCCUAUCAAAGAGAUGGAAAUACAUGAACACAUGUUUGGUUGAGCUCAUUUGCUUCCCUUGAUGGUCCCUUCCCACUGGGCACAGACAUCAAUUCAAUGUCUAUUCCACGUUGGUUCAACAUGAUUUCAUUGAAAUGACGUGGAAACAACGUUGGCUCAACCAGUGUGUGCCCAGUGGGUUGCCACUUCAUUCACAUUUCUUACAUUUUGUGUCCUUGUAUGUUAACGUGUAGGUAGACAACACAACUUUUCAUAUUUUCUUGCUUACAGUACUUUGUUGCUUACAGCAAGUGAUCUUUAUUUCCCUGUUCACUUCAAUGUUGAUUAAAGAUCUACCAAUAUUAAACAGCUUACCCAUUCUCCAAUGAGUUUGACUCGGGUAGUCUCUUGAGUUUUUCACUGUAUCGUAGGAGUGUCAGGCUCACAUACAGAUGUUGUUUGAGGGGGAAACAGCUGUUAAAACCUCCUGAGAGCUCCAUGCAUCUGAAGUAUGACAUCAAAGCACCUCUCAUUGCUAAUGGCCAUCAUGAUGCAGACAGGAUGGGAUACUCACAUAAAAAGAUUGUCUAGUCGUGGAAAAUACCUUGUAUUACUCUUUCCUUACUGACAUGUUCAAUAUAAAUUAUGUUUUUAGAAGAACAUCUGAGAAAUAGAAGUUGGUCAAUUAACAAGUCAUAGCCUACUUGACAAAAAUGCUGUCAUUUUCUUAUCUCAUUUUCACACACAUUACAUUACUAUAAUUAAUUAUGAUAGUAGGCAUUGUAUUAACAUAGUAAAAAACCUAUGUGUUGGCAAGUUUGAUAACUUCAUCUAUUAUGCAGAAAGAUAAUUUUGGCCUUUCAGGCAUGCAAAAUCAUUUGUGAUCGUCAGCGAGAGCACCAUGUCUCAGAUGUGUUGUUCACGCUGUAUGCAAAGAGACACUUGAGGAAGACCCAGGGGGAGAGAUGAAAGUGAGAGGUAUCGCUAGCAUCCAACCCAGGCAGUUGUUCAUGAAUAUCAAAGAACAUCUGUGGCAUUGCAACUUUGUGAAAUUAAAACAGGUUCACAUCAGGUUUUUACCAGUUCAUUUAACCAGGGUAAUCUAUAAUGAAGAUACAAUCAUCACAUUAUAUUUGGUUUCACAUAACAUCUAAAAUACAGAUGGCAGAAUGCAUGCACAGGUGCAGUCAAUUUAAGUGUGGAAGAAAGUUCUCAUCCUCUUAAUACUUCUAAAGAUUCCAUUCCCAUGUUUUGUGCACAUUUUCAAUUAUACCUGUCUACACAAUGUAUUAAAAGUAUGCUGAGGAAAUUCAGCAUCACUUUUGUACGUUUUAAGUUUCCUGCUGCCUCCAAGAAGGCAUGAAGAAGAAAGUAAAUCCAGUAGUUGAUUUGACUGACUCGCAAUCCCUCUGUCCUCAAUAUCUCAGUUGUGGCACUGGUAGCCCCUCCUUCUCGACUUCUGCUUGUGCAGACCAUUGCCUUGGCAACACUCGAGGAAACAAGUGGUGCUAUCGAAGGCUCAGACAUUGGGGUCGACUCAUCUGAGGAGGUUGUAAUAAACCGGAGCCAAAACCACUUCAAAUUGCACAACACAAGAGGAAGAAUCCUGGCCGCUGGGCGGGAACAGCAACUUUCUCAUUUAAAAUGAGGGAGGUAUUGGUAAAAAUAUUCAUUGAAGAGGUUUAGAUAUAUUUAAGAGCACUUUCAAAAUGGCAGGGGUAGGAGACAUACAUGGCGGUGGGGAUAUUAGACUGCAUUGAUUUCCCGCUUCGAAGCAGCUCUCGACCACCCUUGAUUAUGAAGGAAAGAAAUGUCUUGCAUGAUCGACAAUAUGACUCCUACUCAUUAAAUGCAAAUGCUCAGAUGUCCAUAACCAUUCAACUGUGCACCAAUUUGCUAUUUUUAUUUCAAUAAUGCUCCCCGCAGACUCUAUUAAACUACUUGCAAGACUAUUACGAUGAAAUAUUUGUAGGUUUAUUUCAGGCACUUUUGAUUUAGCUUAUUUUUUACUGUAUCUGAUGGUAUAAUUGAUUGGACAAUGACAGCUUGUGAGAUAAACAAGAAUGGAUAAUGCUCUACUACUAGAUAAACACUAAAACCAAACAUACCCUGUCGCUUCACAGAAGGUAAAGCCUGGCACUGUCUUACACCGUUGACUGUUCCAAAAUAAAAAUAUGACUUUUACAUGUGGCAGCAUAUAUUCAAGACGGCACACUCAUUCUAGUGCCAGAUGUUGGGAAGUCAAUUAAUCAUAGCAUAGAAAAUCACUGCUCCAAAGGCUCACCCCCACCCCAAACAAUUUCACUUAACAUUUUCACAAAGCCAAGGCAUUUUGCUGCAUUCAUAAUGCAUAUGUACUAAACAACUACAUUACGGGAAGUGAUUUCUCGCUAUUCUGCUAUUUUCCUUACCUCAACUCUAAGAGCCAGUAAAGUGGAGCAUUAAGGAUGUGUACAUUAUAAGGAGGUUACCCUGAUUUAUUUAUAUCUCUCGUCUACCACCAGUAGUGUUUAGCUACAGGUGCUAAUGGCUGUUUCUUUCACACGCAGCCCACCUGCUCAGUGUUCAGUACCUGCAUAUUACACAAGCACAUUUUGGACUGUCCAUUUGUGUUACAGGAGGGGGUCGCAGUUCCGGAGCGACCCACUAGGUGUCAUCCUCCAACCACCUUAGGCACCUCCUCACUCACAGUUUGGACUAAUCAUUAUCUUAUUGGUGUCACCUGUGUCUACCUGUUCACCUGUGUAUUUAUGCCCUCACUUCCCUGUGUUCCCUUGCUCAGUUUUCUCUGCUAGUUCUCGAUGCCAAACAGUACUAAUCAGUGUCUGAUCGCGAGACGUAUGUACAGGUACUUGAGAAGUGUUCUCCCUGUUUCAUUGUUGUUUUCAGUCAUAGUUAGUAUUUCGUAUGUUUGCUGUCAGCCUGUUUUUGGAGACCAAUUAGCUCCUCCUUUAUUUUUUUGUGACAAGUCCGUUAUUUUGUAUCCUGGUUUUGGGACCACCAGUAAAGAUCCUUGUUUCACCAUCUCUGCCUACUGCCUACUGUCUAUCCUGCACUGCACCUGGGUCACACCUCACACCAACCCUUACACAUUUGUGUUUUCUGAUAUAGUCUGAUGCUGGAGGUUAUUAAUGGUGGAUAAUGCUAUUUUGAGGCCCAUUUAAUGUUUUUGGAUAAAACCACUUUCUACUGUCAGAGAGAAGAGAGAUGUUGUGUUAAUGAAGCCAUGGUAACUAAAAGGUUGGUAUUCAAGUGAUAAGCAGAAAGAAAGAGUGACAGCAAUGAGAAAGCACAGUAGAGAGGCACAUAAUGGGUGCAUAAAUUAAUAAGAAUGAGUGUCAUGCCAGACAUUCUGUGCACAAAUGGAUGACAGGCUGUCUGUCGCUCAAGUCUUGGCAGCAUAAUAACUUUUCUCCUGAUUUGUAUUGGGGUGAAGUCUACCUCUUUAUAGCAUCACACUUAUGAUUAUUUGCCAGUUUGUUCAUUUAUAAGCGCGUCUCAAUCAUUUUGAUAGACUAUCCUUGAGGAAAUAUUUUGCCUAAUGUUAUUAAUGAAUCAAUUGCGACAGCAGACGGGGACAUGUGGUGAGUUGUUAUUCAGGGAGGGUUUCUUCAGUCUUCAUCUAAAGAGUUAUAAAUGUGUGAGUGCUCAGAUUUUGACAGCCCCAGCAAACUAUUCACUAUAGAUUGAUGCUCCAGCAUGCUUCUCCUCAGUGCUUCUGUCCAGUGAAGAUUCCUUUGCUUCAGCUGAAAGACUCGCAAUUUAUCAGUGGCAGCAGCAUCUUAAUACCAGAAUAGUUUGCUCAAGCUCAUGUUUUUUUUUUUAAGAAGAAACCAUUCCCUGCAGCUGUAUGUCAUUUUGUGGUUGCAGCUCCAGGAAUCUGUAUUUGGGUCCAUGCUGCUUGAACGAGAAGGGAUGAUUUAUGUGAAUAUCUUUUUAGCCAGUUGUGGAAGACGGAUGGGGCUUCUUGAGACAAUAUCCAUCGUUUUACACUGGGAACCAGAGCUAAGUAGGUUAUAAUGUAGGUUACAUGUACACUACCAGUCAAAGGUUUGGACAGACCUACUCAUUCAAAGGUUUUUCUUUAUAUAUAUAAAAAAAGUACAUUGUAGAAUAAUAGUGAAGACAUCAAAACUAUGAAAUAACACAUAUGGAAUCAUGUAGUAAAAAAGUGUUAAACAAAUCAAAAUAUAUUUUAUAUUUGAGAUUCUUCAAAUAGCCACCCUUUGCCUUGAUGACAGCUUUGCACAUUCUUGGCAUUCUCUCAACAAGCUUCAUGAGGUAGUCACAUGGAAUGCAUUUCAAUUAACAGGUGUGCCUUCUUAAAAGUUAAUUUAUGGAAUGUAUUUCCUUCUUAAUGCGUUUGAGCCAAUCAGUUGUGUUGUGACAAGGUAGGGGGUGUGUUCAGAAGAUAGCCCUAUUUGGUAAAAGACCAAGUCCAUAUUAUGGCAAGAACAGCUCAAAUAAGCAAAGAGAAAUGACAGCCCAUCAUUACUUUAAGACAUGAAGGUCAGUCAAUACGGAACAUUUCAAGAACUUUGAAAGUUUCUUCAAGUGCAGUCGCAAAAACCAUCAAGCGCUAUGAUGAAACUGGCUCUCAUGAGGACCGCCAUAGGAAUGGAAGACCCAGAGUUACCUCUGCUGCAGAGGAUAAGUUCAUUAGAGUUACCAGCCUCAGAAAUUGCAGCCCAAAUAAAUGCUUCACAGAGUUCAAGUAACAGACACAGCUCAACAUCAACUGUGCAGAGGGGACUGUGUGAAUCAGGCCUUCAUGGUCGAAUUGCUGCAAAGAAACCACUACUAAAGGACACCAAUAAGAAGAGGAGACCUGCUUGGGCCAAGAAACACGAGCAAUGGACAUUAGACUGGUGGAAAUGUGUCCUUUGGUCUGGAGUCCAAAUUUGAGAUUUUGGGUUCUAACCGCCGUGUCUUUGUGAGACGCGGUGAGGGUGAACGGAUGAUCUACGCAUGUGUAGUUCCCACCGUAAAGCAUGGAGGAGGAGGUGUUAUGGUGUGGGGGUGCUUUGCUGGUGACACUGUCUGUGAUUUAUUUAGAAUUCAAGGCACACUUAACCGGCAUGGCUACCACAGCAUUCUGCAGCGAUACGCCAUCCCAUCUGGUUUGGGCUUAGUGGGACUAUCAUUUGUUUUUCAAUGACCCAACACACUUCCGGGCUGUGUAAGGGCUGCAUAAGAUGACCUGGCCUCCACAAUCCCCCGACCUCAACCCAAUUGAGAUGGUUUGAGAUGAGUCGGACGGCAGAAUGUUGGAAAAGCAGCCAACAAGUGCUCAGCAUAUGUGGGAACUACUUCAAGACUGUUGGAAAAGCAUUCCAGGUGAAGCUGGUUGAGAGAAUGCCAAGAGUGUGCAAAGCUGUCAUCAAGCCAAAGGGUGUCUAUUUGAAGAAUCUCAAAUAUAAAAUGUAUUUUGAUUUGUUUAACACUUUGUUGGUUACUACAUGAUUCCAUAAGUUUUAUUCCAUAGUUUUGAUGUCUUCACUAUUAUUCUACAAUGUAAAAAUAGUUUAAAAACAGAAAGAACCUUGAAUGAGUAGGUGUGUCCAAACUUUUGACUGGUACUGUAUCUGAAGAUUGAUGAACAGAGAUUUUACAUUUCAGUGCAACUGCAUUUAUUAAUUGAAUAUCAAUGUUUUACAAAGUUUUAUGUCUGAUUUAAUUAUGAUGUUGAAAUGGUUUUGUUUGGAUAAUCCCUCAACUAUAACAUAUUUUUGGUUAAUGAUCAUAUGUGCAUCAGUAACAUCAUUUUUAAUCGGAGAGACAAUCCAAUGAAGGUCAAUGAAUUUGAGCAUGUCUUCCCUUUUACCACCUGUUCAGGGUUUCAGGCACCAUGAAACUGCUCAGUGGGACCGUUGUUGGAGUGGGUGGAAUUCUAACACAACAGGGUGUCGGCAUCUCAACUCUCCAGUGUUCUUACCGAUAUUCUACUGUGUUAAGGCGUCCGCAUGCUUACCAUCCGAAACAGUUCGGAACAGUUUGUGCAUACAGUGGGGAAAAAAAGUAUUUAGUCAGCCACCAAUUGUGCAAGUUCUCCCACUUAAAAAGAUGAGAGAGGCCUGUAAUUUUCACCAUAGGUACACGUCAACUAUGACAGACAAAAUGAGAAAAAACUAUCCAGAAAAUCACAUUGUAGGAUUUUUAAUGAAUUUAUUUGCAAAUUAUGGUGGAAAAUAAGUAUUUGUUCAAUAACAAAAGUUUCUCAAUACUUUGUUAUAUACCCUUUGUUGGCAAUGACACAGGUCAAACGUUUUCUGUAAGUCUUCACAAGGUUUUCACACACUGUUGCUGGUAUUUUGGCCCAUUCCUCCAUGCAGAUCUCCUCUAGAGCAGUGAUGUUUUGGGGCUGUCGCUGGGCAACACGGACUUUCAACUCCCUCCAAAGAUUUUCUAUGGGGUUGAGAUCUGGAGACUGGCUAGGCCACUCCAGGACCUUGAAAUGCUUCUUACGAAGCCACUCCUUCGUUGCCCGGGCGGUGUGUUUGGGAUCAUUGUCAUGCUGAAAGACCCAGCCACGUUUCAUCUUCAAUGCCCUUGCUGAUGAAAGGAGGUUUUCACUCAAAAUCUCACUAUACAUGGCCCCAUUCAUUCUUUCCUUUACACGGAUCAGUUGUCCUGGUCCCUUUGCAGAAAAACAGCCCCAAAGCAUGAUGUUUCCACCCCCAUGCUUCACAGUAGGUAUGGUGUUCUUUGGAUGCAACUCAGCAUUCUUUGUCCUCCAAACACGACGAGUUGAGUUUUGACCAAAAAGUUCUAUUUUGGUUUCAUCUGACCAUAUGACAUUCUCCCAAUCCUCUUCUGGAUCAUCCAAAUGCACUCCAGCAAACUUCAGACGGGCCUGGACAUGUACUGGCUUAAGCAGGGGGACACGUCUUGCACUGCAGGAUUUGAGUCCCUGGCGGCGUAGUGUGUUACUGAUGGUAGGCUUUGUUACUUUGGUCCCAGCUCUCUGCAGGUCAUUCACUAGGUCCCCCCGUGUGGUUCUGGGAUUUUUGCUCACUAUUCUUGUGAUCAUUUUGACCCCACGGGGUGAGAUCUUGCGUGGAGCCCCAGAUCGAGGGAGAUUAUCAGUGGUCUUGUAUGUCUUCCAUUUCCUAAUAAUUGCUCCCACAGUUGAUUUCUUCAAACCAAGCUGCUUACCUAUUGCAGAUUCAGUCUUCCCAGCCUGGUGCAGGUCUACAAUUUUGUUUCUGGUGUCCUUUGACAGCUCUUUGGUCUUGGCCAUAGUGGAGUUUGGAGUGUGACUGUUUGAAGUUGUGGACAGGUGUCUUUUAUACUGAUAACAAGUUCAAACAGGUGCCAAUAAUACAGGUAACGAGUGGAGGACAGAGGAGCCUCUUAAAGAAGAAGUUACAGGUCUGUGAGAGCCAGAAAUCUUGCUUGUUUGUAGGUGACCAAAUACUUAUUUUCCACCAUAAUUUGCAAAUAAAUUCAUUAAAAAUCCUACAAUGUGAUUUUCUGGAAAAAAAUAUUCUCAAUUUGUCUGUCAUAGUUGACGUGUACCUAUGAUGAAAAUUACAGGCCUCUCUCAUCUUUUUAAGUGGGAGAACUUGCACAAUUGGUGGCUGACUAAAUACUUUUUUUCCCCACUGUAUAUUAUGACAACAUUUGGUGACGUUCUGGUUUGUUUUGGUCUUCAGUAAGGUUUUUUUUGGUUGUUCAUGCACACAUUUUUUCAGUGAGGCAAGCCGAAUUUGGCAGCCGAAGUCUACGUCCCUUCGUUGGUGGUUGGUAAACAGUAGGGAUUCUUCAAUUAAGUGUUUGUUGUCAUUCAAGCACACUUGUUCGGUUCGCCCAGCCGAGUUCGGCUAGGUGCCAGCCCAUCCACUCCAUCUACAAUCCGACUAAGCUAUUUUUCAGGGUAGAUCAGCUCUUGGAUUGACUGUAUACAAGAUCAUUGAGAUUGACUGAGAACACUUUAACACUUACCUUGAUUCUUCUUUUGCCAGGGCCAAACUGUUAUGCAGACACACAAGUGAUCCCAGCUGGGCGCGAGGUGAAGAUUGAUGAGUGUACAAUCUGCUACUGCACGUAUGAGGAGGGCACGUGGCAGAUCGAGCGUCAGGCCACCUGCAGCAAGAAUGAAUGCCAGGUGAGCUAGAGACUGGCCCUGGCAGUGGGUAUGGGGGCAGCGCCUAUGGGCCAUAGGUGCUCCCGCCGUGUCCAUGCCAGUCUGCACGCAACUCAAUGCUAGCCUGAUUGAACCAGACUGAACGCUGGUGAGCACAAACAAUGGUGAGUGCAGCGUUCAGUCUAGUUGAACCAGGCUAACUCAACACAGCCUUCACCCAGUCUAUACCAGACAUCAGGGUCACCCCCCAGACCGUAUGAUUUCUGCAUUU